GUGAAAUUGUUACCAUGAAUAAACGUGCAAAUAGCAUUUAAAGUAUUGCAUAAAACCGCAAUUCUUUCGGUGUUUGAAUACCGUUUUAUUUGACAGUAGUGUGAAAGCUAAAGACAUACCAAUAGCAAUAGAAGCAAAAGAAGUGAAGUAAAACAUAGUGCGUUGCGUGAAGAGUACACCUCUAUGUGAAACAUAUAAAGAAGAUCGAUGCAACAUACGGCUACUAAGGCAACAAUACUCUGCUAGCCGUGUGCAUGUGUGCUAGCAUCAACAAUUACGUUUGGUUGUGUUGUGUUGUAACAGUACGGGACAGGCUGGCGUACCGUGGUCGGUGCUGGUGCACACUCCUAGGAACUGACAUUCUUCCUCAAUAGUUCCGAUUUUAGAAUAUGAUAGGUUUAAGUCGCCGUGGAGUUAAUGCAGGACCGUCAUUGAGUUUACCGUCUACACUGGAGGAUUCUACGAAUAAUUGGAAAGGAACACCUUCGGGUCCAACUGAUCCCUCGCAGCAAGGUGGAGGCCCUGGAGGAGCUGGUGGUCCGGGUGGUCCUGGCGUUGCUGGUAAUGGUGGCCCCGGAGGUCCCGGAGGGCCUGGGGGCCAGGGACCGGGUGUAAAUAGUUUCGGUGGUCCUGGUGGGGCCAAUUUCGGAGGUCCAGUGUUCCCGGCCGCAGGCCAAGGCUCUCCAGCAGGAGGAUCUGCCUCUAAUAGCUAUCAAAAUCUACCCCCUGGAACUGGCUCAAACACACCGCAAUAUACAGCAUCACCUGCACCGUCGGGAUCGUCGACUCCCGGGCCCGGUCCACCACAGAAUGUUGGAUCCGGCUUCCCUCCACCGAAUGCGGGUGGUCCAACAGGGCCGGGGGGUCCAUAUAAUGGACCCGUCGGUGGUGGUCCCGUAGCAGUAGGUCCUUUUAGUUCUCCCUCUGCUAAUGGUCCUCAAUUUGGGAGACCGGGCAGCUCCGGUUCCGCCUUCGGAAGCGGGCCCCAUUUUACAUCACCUAGUGGGCCAGGUAACUUUGGCGGGCCCCAGUUCGGUAUACCUCCAGGUUCUCCUUUUGGUCAUGGGCCAAAUGGAUCGAAUAUGGGCGGCCCAAUGGGACAAGGUCAUCUAAUGGGAGGUCCACAACCGGUGGAUCGUAUGGAUCAAAGUCAAUUGAAUGUUCCCAGAAGGCAUGCAUAUUUCGGUCAACCGGAUUAUAGAAUCUAUGAACUCAACAAACGAUUACAGCAGAGAACUGAAGAAAGUGAUAAUUGUUGGUGGGACUCAUUUGCAAAUGAGUUUUUCGAAGAUGACGCUACAUUAACUUUAACAUUUUGUUUGGAGGAUGGACCAAAAAGAUAUACUAUAGGACGCACAUUAAUCCCACGAUAUUUUCGAAGUAUUUUCGAAGGGGGUGUGACAGAGUUGUACUUUAACUUACGGCAUUCGAAGGAAUCGUUUCACAACACAUCAAUUACACUAGAUUGUGAUCAAUGCACUAUGGAAACGAUCCACGGGAAACCGAUGUACACCAAGGUACUCACUGAAGGAAGGCUGAUUCUGGAAUUCACAUUUGAUGAUUUAAUGCGGAUAAAAUCAUGGCACAUGGCAGUUCGAACCCAUCGAGAACUGAUACCGCGGUCAGUAAUUGCACUCCAUAGUCCUCAGCCGGAUCCUGCAAUGCUUGAGCAACUGUCGAAGAACAUCACUAGACAAGGAAUCACCAAUUCAACAUUAAAUUAUCUGCGCUUGUGUGUGAUACUGGAACCGAUGCAGGAACUGAUGUCCAGACAUAAAGCAUAUGCGCUGAGCCCACGGGAUUGUUUGAAAACGACAUUGUUCCAAAAGUGGCAACGGAUGGUCGCACCGCCGGGUAAGAAAGGAGAUGCACAACGACCAGCAAACAAAAGACGGAAACGUAAGGGCUCCAGUUCUGGAGCGGGAGCAGGUAACGCAGGUCCACAAGUUCCCAGCAAAAAACGUUCACCUGGUCCAAAUUUCUCGCUGGCGUCUCAGGUAGAUGUCAUGGUGGUUGGGGAACCAUCUCUAAUGGGCGGUGAGUUUGGUGACGAAGAUGAACGAUUGAUCACUAGGCUUGAAAAUACGCAAUACGACGCUGCCAACAAUCUCGAGCACGACGGUCACAAUGCAUUUGGUGGCGGAGGCGGCGGCGGCGGCCACAACGAUGGUGGCCCCAUGAGCGGUGGCCCAACUUCCUGGCAGGUUGAUAGGGGAGGUGGUGGUGGCGCUGUAAACAAUUCCGGUACCGGUGGCCAGGAUGGAGGAAAAAAGAGUCCGUCUGUGUCUCAGUGACAAAUGUAAAAUCCAAUGCACCCAUCUCUACACAUAUCCGCGAACCGUACGGAUAAGAGCAAUCGAAGUGCAUUGGCUCAUUAUUACAGCAAAGCAUCGCUAUUGUAACAGUAAGUAGAGUAGCGGAAUAUCAGCUGCGUAAAACACUAGGUUCAAAUGAACAAUGAAGUAUAUUUGCAUAUUUCCUCAACGGGAGAGAUAAAUCUAGAAAAAGGAAUAAUAGCAUGGGCAAAAACGGGGUUUACUGGUUGUACGCUAGAAAACAACAAAAAAUUACAGAUGUAUGAUUUGUGUUGGAUUUCCUUUUCUCCCAAAAUUUUGUAUACCGCGCUCUGCAUCUCUGUAAUUCCGCGUUAAUAUACUACACACUUAACUGAACGCGCAACAUAUGUGUUGAGUAACACACCACCCAUUACUAUUGCUUCUGAACAUCCAGCUAAUGCCUAUGGUGCAAUAGAAUUGUUUGCUCUCGUUCUAAGAGCGAAGAAGAGACAAAAAUUAGGCUUCUCAGUGUUCAGGAUAGCUAUUUCACUUGAGGUUGAGGAGAAUUUUGCCGUGUUACCAAACUACUUAUUCUUUUAAAUAUCCUUUCUAUGAUCGUAAAAUCGACAACCGCUACACCAAACUGUGGCAUGUGCGCACCGCAAACAUUCACAUAUGAUCGUGUAUUAUUCGCAUGCAUGAGUGUGGUGGAAAGAAAUGGAAUGGAAAUCAGGAAUUGCCGUCUUAAUUGUUUUAAAAUAGUAUAUUAUUAAUUACGCAAACAAAAAACGACAUAUAUUAAGAUUAAGGAUAAUAAACGUUACUGUAACAGAUGAGGAUGAGUGUGCUGAGCAGAAGUAAUGGUUACUAUCGUACAUGUGUGUUUGCAGCUAUUUACACUCUGGCGAAGUCUUUGAAUUCCUCUAAGCACAGGUUCGUCUUUCUGUUAAGGGAAAGAGAAACGGCAAAGCAAGAAGCUGAGGUAUGUAGCGAGCUAAAUUUCUUAUAGUAUAUACAUUAACUAUAAAUAUACAUAAAUGGAAAGAUAAAGCGCGCGCGUGUGAAGGCGUUUGCUCUCGCAUAGAAGGCAAAUCCCAUGCGGGCUAUCUAUCUAAAAAUAUCCAUACGCCACUGUGUUUAACUGUGAAACAUGAGGAUAAUUGUCUGAUUUUUCUCAUUUUUGAGUUUCAUCACGAACGGAUUUUGUAGAAACCCUUUGAGCAAUAUUUGGCACUCAUCACCUGAAAGCAAGGAGAUUAGGAAGUGUUUGCAGUGAAGGUUAUUGUACAUCAUUUGCACAAUUACCAUAGGCAGAGCUAAUUUCGCCGCUGAUGAUGGCGACGUGUUUUGUCUUGUCAAAUUCACAAUUCCUAUUGGUCAUGUUAAAGAAUCUGGCUACCGAAUGACAGUGAUGUGUUGUUUUUUUUAAAAGGCGAUGUGGUCUUUGCACAAAACCGAUUUGAAGUGUAGUGGGGAAUUUUCAAACAACCUUACCUACACGGUAAGCUUACCAUUCAAAUUCGGCACUCAAUAAAACCCCCCAUGAUCCCAGCAUUGCAACUCUAAUACUGCAUCUCAUAUGAACACGUCGGUCUGAAUAUGUAGAUUGUAAAUAGUUUUUUAACGCAUUAAAGAGUAAAAACAAAACAAAAAAACAACACUAAACUAGAGUUGGAUAGUAUCUGAAUGGAGAAAUGGAAGGGAAUGAUGAUCAGUAAUUUAUUUAUAUAUACCCUAGCAUACCGAAAAACAUCGCUCACAAAAGCAACAGCAGCAGCUGUGAAAUGAGCAUAAAAACCAAUUGUACAUAUGCAAAAAUAGAUUUGGGGUUAUACCAGAGGUAAAGAAAUAGCAUCAAAAAGAGAGCAUAAUAUUUCGAUAAAUGUCAUUUAAAAGGUGACAUUAGAUUGUGGUAAAUUUGAAGCGAUAUGUGCAAAAACCAAUCAUUAUCAAGGAAUAUUAAUGGAAAAAUUUCGGUUGGUACACCCACCACCUGACCUGAGGGGCAUUCAUUCUGCAGAUGAUGUUAUGACAUGUGCGAAUAAAUGGAGGCGUGUUUGGAUUUAAUCAAAUCAACAUCCUUUAAUAUCACGUUCUAAUGAAUUUUAUGGUUGAGAACUGAGUCAUAUACGCCAAUAUGUGUAGAACGAAGCGUAUAUCGAGCGGGUAAUUCUUUCCCUUCGUUUUGAUGCGCAACCAUCCAGCAUAGACAGCAGCAUUCAAAUAAUCGAAACAAUAUGAAAAGAAAAACACACACAAAUUAGGUACGUAAUGUCUUGCAUGUCUUGCAACAAUAACGGUAACAUCAUGUACUGUGGGUAGAGACAGUUGUUCUUGAAUGGCGGAUAAGAGUGUCCCGUUAAAUCUUUCGGAAUGCAGAAGGGGGGAAAAUAGACCUCAGAGAUCACGAAGAAAGGGAGAAGAGCAUACAAGCGCGAAGGUGCACGAAGCACUGGAAGAUCACGAUCAAAACCAUUGGAACGAUGAUCUUAUAUAUAACAAUUAAAAUGACAAAACCCGUAUCUAACGUCUGUCGGAAAGUGAAAGUAUUAAAUGAAAAUAUGGGAUUGAAAAAAAAACGAAUAAGGUGAGCGGUGCACCCCUAUAGUGAUGUGCUAUGCGUAUUCGACCUAACAAUCCAUGUGUCAUCAUCCACACGUAGCAAGGAUUGAUAUUCGGCUGAUAGUGCAAAACAUAGGGCUACUGUGACCGAAUGUACGUGUCGCAAUGUCACACAAGUUUAAACGCAAAGAUGAAAAAUCGAGUAAACAUGAAAUAUUCACUAAGUGAAUCACUCGAAGGGGACAGGAAAAAGUUUGAGCGUAUUACUUGAGAACGAUGAGCUUGGACGCAAAAUCUAAUGCGCCUCCAAAGUAAAAAAAAUGAAAUGUUCAAACAAGGUGACGCGUGAGCAUAACAAUCUUUUGAUAUAACUACUGUAAAAAUGCAUACAUAUUUCACUGACACCGUCUUCGUCGUACAAGCUCGAUCCGGUUAGUAGCGUUUCAGUGUGAAAUACGACAUAAAUGGAAAUAGGCUCUUGCACCACGAUAAAACAUAGAAUAAUAGUAUCAUCUAAUUUAAGGUAACUUGAGGCGUAUCUCGACCUAAAUGCAACAUAUAAAUCGAAAGAUCCAGAAUUCAGAAAACCGAAGGUGCGCCGAAGAUCACGAUUGACGGGCAAGGAUAUAGCAGUAAGUUUGCCAUGAGUAUGCAUGGUUCAUAGUUACGUGCGGGCGUAACGGGAGGUCAGAUGGUGGCAUGAUUGUGGGUAUAUUAUGAGCGAGCGUGUGUAUAUUAAAACCGGAUAUUAACAAUCCUGCGGAAAAGGACAUUUCAGAGCGAAAAAAUCAUGAUUGUCGAGUGUGUGUGUGUGUGCGCGCGCGCGUAUGUAUGCGGGAAUGCAUGAAAGAAAGAUAGAAAUGUAAGAGAAAUUUGAAUGCAAGGGAAACACGAUAGGAAAAUUAAAGAAAAUCCGAAAAACAACAUUGUCAGUAUUUGUUAUGUAAACAAUCAUAAGAAGACAAGAGUGAUCAUUAUGGGCAAAUUAUUAUUUUUACGUGUAUAUCUUAAUAUUAUUACGAUGAUUAUUAUGACAAUUGUAAUAU